UCCUGUCACGCAGGCGCACGGCGGCCCGGCGGGGGACGAGAGGAGGCAACGGCUGUGCGGCCUGCGGGCGCGCGCUCCCUUACCGGCCAACGGACGCGAGGCGCGCGCGAUGGAACAACGGUUAGCUGAGUUUCGGGCCGCGCGGAAACGGGCGGGUCUGGCAGCCCAACCCAGCGCUGCCAGUCAGGGCGCACAAACCCCAGGAGAGAAGGCGGAAGCAGCAGCGACUCUAAAGGCAGCCUCGGGGUGGCUAAAGCGGUUCCUGGUAUGGAAACCUAGGCCCGCGAGUGCCCGAGCCCAGCCCGGCCUAGUUCAGUUAAAAACAAUGUCUAACCCACGCAAUGAGCUUUUGACUGUAUGUCUCAUUUCCAAAGGAAUGAGAUCAUUGAGUUGGACCCAGAGAAACUGAACUCAGAGAAAAACUUCCAUUAUUGAGAACCCUGAUGGCCAAAGGAUGAGAGGAAAUGCUGGACCUCCAGUUUCUUGUUAAUUGCUCUGUUUUUCAUAAGAGACUCUGCCUUAAGCUCGUUUUCAUUGACUGUUACCAUUUCUGGGUUUGCUCUGGUGUGAAAAUUCUCAUUUAAUUUUUUUUCUUCAGAUUCUGCCUCUAGUUUAGAAAAGAAAAUUUCUAAUUUACAAUUCAUGUCAGAUAAUUUUGAUGGCACACUGUGGCCUGUCAGAGAUUUUAGCAUUCUAUUUUUUAAAAAUUAUUUUUAAUUUUUGUGUUUUAAUUGAAACAGCUUUAUUGAAAUAAGAUUUACAUACUACAGAAUUUAUCUCUUUUAACAUACAAUUCAAAGAUUUUUAGUAAAUUUACUGAGUCAUGCAACCAUCACUACAAUCCAACUUUAGAACGCCUCCAUCACUCCAAGGAGACCCCUCAUGCACGUUAGCGGUUACUACCCGUUUCCAACCCCAGCCCUGCACAAACGUCAAUCUACUUUCUAUCUCUAUACAUUUGUCUUUUCCGGAUGUUUCAUGUAAAUGGAAUUAUACAGUAUGGUAAACACAUUUUUCAUCUAUUAAUUUUUAUAUUCAACUAGGUUCAACAUGUAGCCAUAGCCAAAUAUUUUAAAUUUUCCUUCUGGGAGUUUAAGAAUGUUUAUCUUUUUUGAUACUUACUUCUCCUUCAGCUUUCUCUUUUUCAUACUGAAACAAUCUUUUAAAUGAUUACAUUCAUUGAUUAACUCCUCAUUUUUCCCUUGUAGCAGAAGACCUUCCUUUUCACUCUCAAGGCAGCAUCCUUGGAUAUUAAUUACCUUUUGUAAGGUACCCCUUUCUUAUGAGCACCAUCUAGUUGUUGAGGCAGCAGAUUUUCACGUUGUAGUUGAGAUAUUCUCUCCUCUACGUAGUCCCACUUUCCAAAGGAUUUACUUGGCUUAGAGGUCUUUUUGUACACUUUAUAAAACCAAAACCUUUUCUCUGAGAGAAUUUCUUGUGUCAUGGAGUUUACUUUUUAGGGUAUUGAAUUUAAUUUGAGCUUCGGAAAGUUGCUCAGUUAAAAACUCAUUAUUAUCUUUUAGUUCAGAAAUAUCAGAACUCAUUUUCUUUCUUGUAAAGAAACGCCUUGUGCUCUCUCUAAAGUUCUAGGUCUCUUUUUGUUUUCACACUUUGAUCACGCUCACUUACAGCAGCAGCCAGUCUAGCAUGGAAUGACUCAACUUCAGCUUCUAGUCUUUCCUUGUUUUGUUUCUCCUUCUCCAGUUGAGACUUGAGCAUUUUGUUCUCAGUUUUGAGGUCGUUAAGCUGUUGACUAUACUGGGAUACUGUUUUUGUUAACAUUUUUCCAUUGAGUUUUAUAGUCUCUUGAAGGUCACCAUUCAUUUCUUUAAUAAUUUCAAUGUCCUUCAAUAUUUCUUUUCCUUUUUGAGGUUCUUAUUUUUUAUUGUGUAUACUUACAUACACAAUAAAGGCAGUAUCUCUCUUCAACAAGCAAUUUUCAUGCAUCAGGUCUUUCUUUUUUCUAUGACUGCAAGAAUCUUGACUUAAAGUAUUUCUUCAAGCCUUCAAUUCCAUUUCUAGUGAUCCGAUGGUCAGUUCAAGCUGUUCUUUUACUUCAACUUCUUUCCUAUGUUGCUCCACUUUCCUUUCUAACUCUUCCCUAAUGUUUUCAUACAACAUAUUAGCAUUUCUUCUCAUCUUCUUCUUUUAAGGUGCAUUCAAACUGUAGAGUUCUUGUUUCCAUUCCACUUUUUAAUAUUGAACUGUGACUUCAUUUCUUGUGUUUUGGAUAGCUCCUUCUUCAGUACACUAAACUCAGUUUUCAUAUUUUUAUUGUCUAGUGUAAGUUGUUCACAGAUAAUUUUUUUAAGGUCCAGUGACUUUUCACAUGAAAUAAAUGCAUUGUGGAUUUCCAUUAGGAUAUGAGAAUCAUUACAAUCCAUUCCAUAUUGCUUAAUGAGCAUCAUAAACUUCUUAUAAUGAGGGUAAGAUUCCUCAUGAUCCUCUGAAGCUGUUUCAGAUAGCCGAGUUAAGUCAUCAGGUUCAUCUCUAAAUGAGUUUGCUUUUUGACCUUUUUCUCUUCAUUUGACAUUUUCUUUGCAGGCCUAGCAUACUCUUCAUUCUUCUUCCUAGGAAAUCGCUGAUGGUAAGGUUUUCCACUCUUCCUUUGUUGAAUUAAUUUAUCAUCGUCAUCAGCAGAUGUACUAUCCUACAGGUUUUUUUGAUACUGUUUUUUUGUUGUUGUUGUUUUUUGUUUUUUGUUUUUACUUUUGUACUUCUUUCUAGCUUCUUCAACCUGUGGCUAUUUAUUUUCACUUUCAAGCUUUUCUUGUUCUUCCUCUGAGGUCACUUGUACUUCUUGUUCUGCUUUCAGUGUUUGUUCAUUCUUCCUUUCUAUUGCUUUCUUCACAACAGAAUCUUUCAUUUCCAUGGUAGGCUUUAGGGAAAGAUGUUUUCAGGAGGCCCUUCUCCCUUUUCAUUUACUAUGUAUUUUUUUCCUUUUUUAUGUGAAGGUCCAAGUAAAGACCUUGAAACACUCUCAGGGAUACUCUGCUUGGUAGUAAAAGUCAAGUCUUCAUCAUCUGGUUUAGGGCAUGAAUCAACACACAGUUUUUUGAAAAUACUGAAUGCAGAUGCUUCAGAACUCCCAGAAUCUUUUGCACUUGCUCCUCCUUUUUUCAAACUUGCAUUCUUCUUGGAUGCUUCUUCUGGGUGGUUGUUUUGAAGACCGUUUUCAAGUAUCUUUUUUUUUAAUGUUGCAAAAUUUGUUGUGUUUGUCAGACCAUCAGAAAUAGCAUGAUCUUCUGCAGUCUGUUAAUACAUACUCUUGAGUAUGCAUAUACUUUGUUGAAGAAGAAUGCUAACUAUACCUGACAAGCCAUAAUGUACAACAGCCAUGAGGGCUGUUCUUUUCAACCUAUCAACAGCAUGUACAUUUGCUUGUUUCUUCACUAAAAUUCCACCUUUUGCUGUGUUUUGCAAACGAUAAAGUGGUGUGUUUCCAUGUUUGUUCAGCACUUCAGUAUUCACAUGGUGUGAAGGCAGUUUUUCUGCCAGUAGUGUGUUCUCAUUAUAGAUAGCAUAGUGUAGUGCGUUGUUGCUGUAGACAUCCAUAAGAUCUGGAUUGGUGCCACGUUCUAGCAGAGUGAUGACACAAAUCUCUUCCUGGCAAUGUACAGCCUUCAUCAAAGGCAUCCUGUUUCGUUUGCCACCAAUGUCAGUCUGGCAUUUUCAGUUCACCUGGAGAGUGACUGCUUCCACAUGGCCAUUGGCAUAAGCCAAAUGUAAAACAGUCCUGUUCAUUCACAGAUGAAGGAAUACAGAAACUCUAGGAUAUAUGCACAGUGGAAUACUCUUCAGCCAUCAAACUUUAGGACAUCACCCCACUUCCAGCAACGUGGAGAAAGACCUGUUCAUCCACAGAUGAAGGGAUACAGAAACUGUAGUAUUCAUUCACAAUGGAAUACCCUUCAGCCAUGCACAUAUACUGAAAUCAUAUCACCUGGAGCCACACAGUUGAACCUGUUAUUCCCUUGAUGAAGGGAUGACAAAACUGAAAUAUAUAUCCAGAAUGGAAUAUCCUUUCACCACAGAAAUGGAUGAAAUCCAUUUGCAAUCAUGUGGAGAAACCUGUUCAUCCACAGAUGAAGGGAUAAAGAAACUGUAGUAUAUAUACACAAAUGGAAUACUCUUCAUCCAGAAAAAUAUAAUGAAAUUACAUCAUUUGCAGCCACACUGUUGAACCUAGAGGUCAUCAUGGUAAAUGACCUGUCCUGUCCACCCAACAGCUGAAGGGAUAAAGAAACCACCAUACAGAUACACUGUGGAAUAUGCUUCAGCCAUAAACCUUUGGGAAAUCCUGUCAUCCACAGCCACGUGGAGAAACCUAGAGGACAUUAGGUCCAAAGAAAUGAGCCUGGUAGAGAAAGUCCCACACCUUUUAAUCUCAGGCAUGGAGAUUCCAAAAAUUUUAUCUCCUGUCCAUGCACAGAUGAAGGGAUCGAGAAACUGUAAUGUAUAUGCACAAAGGAAUAUUCUUUGGCCAUCAAAAUAACUAAACCAUGUCAUUUGGGGCAACACAAGUGAACCGCCAAGGCUGCAGCUGCCUCGUGCUAUGCCAUGGAUGGAAGCCACUGUGGCCUCCAUCUGGGCCGAGCUCUGACCACAAUGAUGCCUCUGCCCCCACCCGGGCCUCCCUCUGACCGACAAUGCUGCUGCAUCUUUUCAGUAGUCAUUGAUGAGGAAGUAUCCACAUCCUCCUUCCCACUACCAGAUUUUGCUUGGAGAAAAGCAGUUUCCCGAAAUAAUUCUGUGACGAGCUUCUUCCACAUUAGGACAAAAAUGCUGGUAACUUUUAAAAAUUCCUAUAGAAGCCUCCUGCUUCCCUCUCCAGCCAUAUCCCAGGAAGCGCCGCAGCCCCAGGGCAGCACAUCACAGCCACCAUGGAACAUAGCCAUUCCUCUACCAUCAUGCUGGGACCAGUCUUUCCUGACCAAUAUCACCUUCUUGAAGGUUCUUCUCUGGUUGGUCCUGCUGGGAUUGUUUGUGGAACUGGAAUUUGGCCUGGCAUAUUUUGUCCUGUCCUUGUUCUAUUGGAUGUACGUCGGGACACGAGGCCCUGAAGAGAAGAAGGAGGGAGAGAAGAGCGCCUACUCUGUGUUCAAUCCGGGCUGCGAAGCCAUCCAGGGCACCCUGACUGCAGAGCAGUUGGAGCGCGAGUUACAGUUGAGACCCCUGGCAGGGAGAUAGGACCCAGCUGUGCCAUCAUGCAGCUAACUUCUGAUGUCUUCCUCACCACUGGCUAUGGAUUUGAUUUCAGGUGUAUAGGACUAAGGGCAGCUUGCAGGUUAGCUCUGUGACUGCAUGGUUCUUCUACAUUCUUUCCCUGAUCUUUUGCUGCCAUUUGAUCUUUGAAUUUCUCUUUAGUGUUGGGGAAACUCUCUAAAGUACAUUCACUGUGGGUCCGAUGCAAUUUAUAAAAAUUAUGUACUCAAGAAGGGAGACCUGUUUGUCUCAUUUCUCAUCUGUUUGGGGGAUGAUUUUAGAGCACUAGAAAGGCACUGGGAAGAUUCUCAGCUUAAAACAUCCAGCCAUUUGAAGUAAUGAUUAGGUACAUCAGGGCUGCAUUGUAAAUGUUCUCUUUAAGUCUUUUAACAUUUAUAGCAAUUUUUUUUUUCCCAGAAAGUUUAGGUUGCAAGUUUUGGGUUUCUUGUUUGUUUUUGUUUUGCUUCCUGCUUUAAUUCUUUCAUUUUCAGUCAUUACUGGUAUUGAAAAAUAAAAUAUCUUUAAAACAUCUCUUCAGAAAUAGGUCCCUCUUCAUUGCCCAUCACCAUCUUCCACUCUCUAUUAUUUUGUCACCACUCAGUAAAGGAAGGUAGGAAGAGACAAAGGACUAAGUGCAGGUGUGGGGAGGGAUUUCACAAGUGGUUAUUAAUAGCCAGUUCAGCAAGAAGUAUUGAGUGUGUACAAAGGGGAGGGCUGGAAGUGUAACUCCAGACCUGUUGGCUGCUUGAGUUGUUUCUUAUAUUCUAAGGCAGCAGUCCCCAACCUUUUUGGCACCAGGGACCAGUUUUGUGGAAGACAGUUUUUCCAUGGACGGGGUGGUGGUGGAGGUGGUUUCGGGAUGAAACUUCCACCUCAGAUCAUCACGCAUUAGAGUCUCAUAAGGAGCACGCAGCCUAGAUCCCUCGCAUGUGCAGUUCACUAUAGGGUUCUAAGGGCUUUAGAGUAAGCAGCCUUUUCAUCUGUGGGCCUCUGGUGAGAAAUUCUGUAAACAGUGAUAAUCAGGCUGGAUUUUAAUGUUCCUUCCUCUUCCAGUACAAUGUUAGAGUUUGGGUUCGUUAAAAUCAGGCAGACUCCCAUUGGGUUGGGGCUUCUCUCAUUAAUUCCAUUUUGUGGCUAACUUCAUGGUGUUUCAGCCCUUGUUGAAAAUUCUUCUGAUAUGUGUUGCUCUUCCUCACAGCCCUUUGCCCAUUGGGAGUUUGGCUAUUCCUCAGAGCCAUCCGGUCAAGCAGGUGGUCCGUUCUAGCUCACAGAAAAGUCUUUUCUUCCAUGAUUUCUGUCUGAACUGGACAUGUAAGAGAGUAUGGGAAACAGAUGAAUCCCUAUUAAACAUGAAGUUUUGAUUGUAUUUAAGA